AUGAAGACGUCUGAGCGCGUUCUUUGUAACCUUCUCCCCGUCUCUGCUGCCGCUGCGGCUGCGGCUGCUGAUCUCGCCCUCGGAGAGCGACGGCGAGCGCGGACUCAUCUUGCCAAGUCCAGUCGUACUCGCACUGAUCUCCCAGACGCCGCCCUCAAUCGUGAUCACCGCCAAAAUCCUCGCUCUUGGCUCCCGCACAGAUGUGAUGGAAGCAGUGUGGACGGUAUCUCACAGGCUGAUGGCUUCGCAGAGAGGAAUUUGAAGGAAGAAGGCGCUGGGCUGCGCGCAGGAGGUGCUUGCUGGGAAUACGGUGUGUGUCUGUGUCUGCGCAGAGUGGUUGCUCGCGUCAAGCGAAGGCAGGAGUCAGAGCCUGCGAACGCCGACGGACUUCGCUUGCCGACGCCGGCAUUGCACUCUUUGUGUCUCUCGAAGCAACAUCCCCUCUUCUCGAACGCUCCUACAUUCCGCCAACGCUACUUGGUGAUCAAUGUGGAGAGCAUCAGAGAGGCAAGAUGGAGAAGCGAUAGCCACGGAGUCUGCUGGCUCUAUCAGCAUCAGCUGAUAGUCGUGCUGACAAUUGCAAACGCGCAAGCAUUUUAUCUCGUCCUUGACCUUGACGAAUCUAACACCACUCGAGGACAACAUUGUUGUCUGCUACAUUUGAACACAAAUUCUCUCCGCCGUAUAGCAAUCGUCCCAUCGCAAUUCACAUUCAAUCCAUUCUUCGUACAGUCCUGCGUCAACGACUCGUCCCCUUUGAAGCAACGCCAGCUUCCUCAGAUCACCACCAAAUUUCCCCGGUCCAAUCCCAACCUCAUCUUUCGCAAGAUGUAUAUCACUCAGCCUCCUCUCCCAAUCAAGGUCUCGACCAUCGAUAUUGACUCGAGGGCCUGCGCAAGACAUUGCAAAGAACGCAUGCUAGAAGAGAAUUUCGAUCUGGAUUGGAAGCCGACCCACGAAGCUCUUGGCAAAGGUGUAAAGUUGGGAGAACUCAUCGACGUCUUGCAUGAGCGGGUCCGAAGCGUCUGUCCGUACUCGAAGCCUAGAGUGGAUAGCCUUGGUGGCUUUGGCCUGACCAUUGAACUGGCGGACGCUGAGGACGAUGUCAAGCCUGGACGAGACACCUAUGAGACACAGGAGGCCAGGGAGGCGCUAGGAGAGAUCCAAGAUCUUGCAGCGGAGAACGAAACGGAAGACUCGAAGCCUUUCUGUGUUCCACGCGGGCCACAUGAGUCGCCAGUAGAGAUGGGCUAUGCCGCACUUCGUGCUAUGGAUGACGAGGAUGAGAGCGAGUCGAGUGAGGACGAGAUCCGAUACAUCGUCGUAAUAGCAUUUUUCAUUCAUCGACGCAACGCCUCGUUCCGCUCCAGUACAUCUUGCUUUCCAACUCAUUUCCUGAGAAGGUAUCAAGUGAGAAUGCCCAACCCGUCCGCCCACGCUUCAAAUUCCUUUCUCUUGUCGAUGGCUAGGGGGGCAACGUUUUGGAGCUUGAUGGUCGAACUCGGGAAAGGAGAUGUCGUUCCAGAUUUCCAUGUGGUCUUGAUGGCCGCGAGACCGGUCUUCAGAGACUCGAGUAAUAAUGUUGAGAUUUGUCAUUUCGUUGCUGGGAUGGGGUUCUCCGAGGGAGAAGUGUUGGAGAGGGGAUUGUAUGGAUUGCAGAAAGGAUGGAAGGGCCAAAAGGUCGGCGGCUGGGCUGAACUCUUUCAGGAUUCUUCAGCUUCGAUUAAUCCAUUCUCUGCGUCCGGGUCUUCAGGUUCUCGACUUUGUGUUCCUCCUCCAACGCUCCUCAUAAUAAGGUACCGUUCAUCGGUUGUCUUGUUCCCACCCCAUCCAUGCAUCGACAGCUUCAACCAGAUUCUCCGGAACCCAUGCCCAGAUGCCCUCAAUCCCGCCAAUAUAGUCCCAUCGAUAGUAGAAAGUGUCAAUCAGCGCCUAUGGAUAUCUGCCAUGCAUCGUUGCAGCACUUCCAACAGUUUGGCCAUUGGACGAGGCAUUGAAAUAAUAAUAUUGGAUCGAUGGGCAGCUAGGGCUCGGGCGGGGGCUCGGGGAAGAGAGGCCGCCAAUCAAGACCUGCAGGCAACUGCUGUGGAUUUGUUCAUAGUACAUGCCGUGAUAGGUUUUCGCAGCGCAUUGCGAUCGCGCAGCGCUCGUACAACUGAGUGCAAUGUCUGUCCCGUCGAGUUAACAUUCAUUACACCUCCGAAGAACACUGGAACCAUCAGCCCCAAGGAGAGCUUGACACCGAUGCUGGAGGCCUCGAGCAGUUACAGCUCAGUCUUUGACAUGCAGAGGCAUGGUGGGCAGCAGCAGCAGCAGCGAAGGCGACGAAGGCAGUCGGAAGCCGGACUGAGAAGGUCGACAAGUUCAUCAGAAGUGCAAUAUACGCCGCCCGGUCCUGAUGACGAAGAGGGACGGAGAAUACGCCCCGGGGGAACCACUGAUCCGAGACCACCAACGAACCCACGGCCCCGUCCAAAGCCAAGCACGCCUUCGCCUGAGACCUGUCGGUACAUCUCUGAGCAAGUGUCCGAAUCAACAGCGAGCGCCAACACUAGCAACACUUUGGGCUACCUCAGUGAUUAUGGCUCUCUCGCGGGUCCUUCUGGAACGUCAAGCUUGACAGCAGAUCUCGAUCAACUGUCCAUAUCAGGUCCAGCAAGCAAUCUCUUCGGGGUUCGGGAUGCCCGGUUCUUCGAGAUUGGACGUGUCUUCACGAUUCCAGGGGACGGCGUGGACCAGCGUUUCCAAAAUUAUGUCGUAGUCCAAAAACUCGAACAGAACCAAUGCCUUGUACUUCCAAUAACCACAUAUGGCCGUCAAGGUGUCGCUAAGACAGGUGUUGUGAAGGCCAACCACGGCACCAUCUACCAUGGUUCACGAGUGCCAGAGCCACGAUCCGACGAGCGACCACAUCUCAGGCAGCCAUCUGCAAUGGCCAUCCAAGCUUCGCAAGCGCAAGCUGCGUACCAGCGAAUGCUCAGGGAAGGGUUCACACAGUAUCAAGCGGUCGCAGCUAUGGCGCGAAGCCUCCAGGAAAGGGAUCCUAGUCUGUCUCGGGAAGGCGCCCGUGUUCAAGCCGGGUCUCCGCCAUUGUAA